CAUAUUUUACCAACUCUCUUACUGAAAGUAAGGUUUUUUUUCCUUGUUAACAUAGGCAAAUGCUCUUAGUUUUAAAGAACAAAAGUGUCCUUCUGAUACAUCCGUUAAAUUGAUGCAGCCUUCGCUAGCUAAACAAACAUGGCUCUGCUAUUGUAUCGAACAACGGAACUUUUUAAUACGUAGGCAAAUGAAUAAGGGAAUAUGUAACGAAUUAUAAGAAGCGCUUCGUGUAUGAUAUGACGCUGAUAAAGUGUAGUUGCACAAUUUCGUUAGUUAGCUCAAAGUAGCCUUUCGUGGCUGUGUUUACACAUAGUUAGCUCCAUAGUUGGCUAAUUCAAGCUAGCAAGAUGGACCUUGGAACAAUGUUGUACAAUAAUUUAAAAGAUGUGACCUGGAGCACGACGUCCUUACCAUUAGAUCGGCUUGUCAGCGCAUAUAAAUUGCCGCAAAUUGUCAAGCUGGAUAACGGUCAGUUGGUUGAAGGGCUCAGAGACAACGACUACCUCUUGAUUCAUUCCUGCCGUCAGUGGACAACCAUUACAGCUCACAGCCUCGAGGAGGGACACUAUGUGAUUGGGCCCAAAAUAGAGAUCCCAGUUCAUUAUGAAGGUCAGUUCAAGCUGCUGGAGCAGGACCGAGACGUCAAAGAGCCUGUACAGUACUAUAACAGCGUAGAGGAGGUGGCCAAAGCAUUCCCUGAACGGGUUUACGUCAUGGAGGAAAUCACCUUUAACGUUAAGAUGGCCUCUGGGGAAUGCAAUGAAGAGACAGAGGUCUACAACAUAACACUAUGCACCGGAGACGAGCUGACACUAAUGGGCCAGGCGGAGAUCCUCUACGCCAAGAGCUCCAGAGAAAAAUCGAGGCUCAACACUAUUUUCAAGAAGAUCGGGAAGCUCAACUCCAUCAGCAAGAUCGGCCGAGGCAAGAUGCCGUGCCUGAUUUGCAUGAACCAUCGCACGAACGAGAGCAUCAGCCUGCCCUUCCAGUGCAAGGGCCGCUUCAGCACCUGCAGCCCGCUGGAGCUCCAGAUGCAGGACGGCGAGCACACCAUCCGGAACAUCGUGGAGAAAACCCGCCUGCCCGUCAACGUGACGGUGCCCAGCUGCCCGCCCCGCAACCCGCACGACCUCCACCUCAUCCGGGAGGGCCACCGCUACAAGCUGGUGAACAUCCAGACCAAGACGGUGGUGGUGUGCUGCGUGCUGCGGAGCCACAAAGUCACGCCCGUCCACUUCCCCUUCCACCUGGUCAUGCCCAGGUUCAUCGUCCCCGAGGAGCUGCUGCAGGGCGAGCUGUGGCUGGACACCAUGGUGCACCGCUGGUUCUCCUUCUGCCAGGAGCAGUUCGACAUCGACGACUACUCCCGCGCCGUGCGCGACGUGCGCACCGACUGGAGCGAGGACGGCAAAAGCCCCAAGAAAAGCGCCGGCGGCUGCGGGAGUGCCGGGUCCAACGGCUGCCCCAGCCACAUGCAGAUCCCCAGCUCCCUGACCUACGCCCGGGACGAGCUCACGCAGUCCUUCCACCGCCUGUCGGUCUGCGUGUACGGCAGCAACCUGCACGGCAACAGCGAGGUCAACCUGCAGGGCUGCGUGACGCUGUGCGGGGACUGGCCGCCGCCGCCGCCCGCCGACGGCAACGGCUCGGACUGCGGGGAGAACGAGCACUUUUUCCCCGAGCCGCCGGACAGCACCGGCCAGCAGCCGCCCCUCGGCGUGGACGUGCCCUACGAGGAGCUGUGGCUGGACCACCUGAGAGGCCAGGUCCCCAAAGCCUCCCCGUCCGGCGAAGGCGUCCGGGGCCUCAACAACGGCUGCGCUCCGGCGCCCGCGCUGGCCUUCCCGCCGGCCUCGCCGCUGGGCCCCGCGCCCAGCUUAGACGUGCCUCUGACCCCACCGCCGGUCCCACCCAAGUCCGAAGCCGUAAAGGAAGAGUGCCGUCUCCUGAACGCCCCACCAAUCCCUCCACGAAGUCUAAAACAGCCGCCGCCGUCGGCCCCCGCCCCGUCCAAGCCGCGCCAGCAGGACACCCGCUCCCCCAGCCCCACGCUGUCCUACUACUCCUCCGGCCUGCACAACAUCAGUGGGCCCAGUGAGCCGGACGGGGCUGACCCGGCUGAGCCCGGCCACGUCUGCUACCCCUGCAGCUGGGGGCCGUCCAGCCCCGAGCCCCCCCCCGCCGCCGGCCCCCCGCCGGAGGGCGUGUCCUCCCGCCUGUCCUGGCCCAACAGCUUCAGCGGCGGGGAGCCGCGGGGCGGGGGGGGGGGCGACCCCGACGGCGUCCCGCCCGCCGGCGGCCGCAGCUACUACAGCUACCCCCGGAAGAGGGCGCCCGGCGGCCCCCGCACCGCCACCUCCAGCCUCAUCGACUUCGACGGCGGCGGGGGGGGCGGCGACUUCUGCUCGCAGGCGGCCUCCCUCGGCCAGAUGUGCACCAAGUCGUCCAGCUGCAGCUCGGAGAUGCACCGGGACACGCCCAUCACGGCCAGCCACGGCCGCCAGAGCCUGUCCUGCCCCAUCCUGCCCCCCCGCACCCCCAAAGCCGGCCCCGCCCGGAACCACGGGGACGCCCCGGACCCCGGACCGGAGCCGGACCCCCUCGCCCCGGAGCCACACCCCCUCCCCGACCCGCCACCGGCCUGUACGGCCGCCGGCCAGUGGCAGCCGCCGGCCAGCCUGGCGGGCGUGUCCAUCGAGGAGGUGUCCCGGUCACUGCGCUUCCUGGGCCUGCCGGACGACAGCGUGUCGCUGUUCGUGUCGGAGAAGAUCGACGGCAGCCUGCUGCUGCAGCUGACCGAGGAGAUCCUGGCCGAGGACUUCCGGCUCACCAAGCUGCAGGUCAAGAAGCUGAUGCAGUUCAUGGGGGGGUGGAGGCCCAAAAUCUAG